AUACCCGCUGUGCUUAUAUAUCUGUCUCUAUACCUCUGUAUAUUAUAUAUAGGAAAAGGAGAAGAUUUCUCCAAUUCCGAAAGGAAAAAAAAGUUUUUAGUGAGAGAAACACUCCUCUUCAUCAUCUCUGUCUAAUUCUCCCCCCAAACUCUGUAUUUUCUUUUUUGUGUUUUCAUUAUUCAGCUGCGCCUUUCAUUUCUGGGUGGAAAUUGUGGUGAUUCGACUGGGCCUACCAUCAAUUCUGCGAAAGUCACUGUUUGGAUCACUUUCAUCUCACGCUUUCUGGGUUUCUGAAGAAUCCGGAGCUGAAUUAUGCAUUAUUCGUCUUAAUUCAGAUUCAGUAUUUGGAGAAGGAAGCUGUAAGAUGAAGGCAGUGGAGUUGGUUUCGUGUUGAACUGAAGUUUAUUUGAAAUAUUCACAAAGAAAUUUUUGCGGACGUGUUGGUGAAGAUUCCGUCCUAAUGCGCCUCCGAUCUUAAGGUUGGAGGCGGAUCUGAUUUGGACUUGUAAUUAUCCAUUUCCAGUUCUCAAAGAUUACUAGUCCAGUCCAGUUUUCAGGUUUGUAAAUCUGCAAAUAGAGAUAUCAAGCUUGGAGAUAUACAUGGAAUUGCCUCAAUCCAGGCCUCUUGGAACCGAAGGUAGAAAGGCAACCCAUGAUUUUCUCUCACUAUACUCAUCGCCACCUGCCCAGCAAGAUCCAACACCUUCACAAGGUGGCUACCUGAAAACACACGACUUUUUGCAACCACUGGAACGAAUUGGGAAGAAUUCGACGACAACCAAAGAUGAAAACAGAGGAAUGGCUGCUGUCGAAAAGCCACCAGUGCCAUGUCCCCCUACCUCAGUGGAGCAUAUUCUCCCUGGUGGCAUUGGGACAUACAGCAUUUCUUAUUUCAACCAAAGAGCUCAAAAGCCAGAAGGGAACUUAUUUACUGCACAGACAAGUAGCACGACCAGGAAUGAUGAAAACUCAAACUGCAGUUCAUAUUCAGGCGGGGGUUUCACGCUGUGGGAUGAAUCUGCCAUUAAAAAGGGAAAGACAGGGAAGGAGAAUAUUGUUGCGGAAAGACAUGUUCUACGAGCUGGCGUGAAUAUGGUGGGAGCGCAAUGGAUGUCAAUGCUGGAAAAGCCUUCACAAUCAUCUUCAAACAACAAGCACAACACUGCAACCUUCAGCUCUUUCUCAUCCUCUCAGCCGUCUUCAUCUCAGAAGAACCAAAGUUUCAUGGACAUGAUAACGUCAGCAAAGAAUGACAAAGAAGAGGACGAUGAUGAAGAAGAAGACGAGUUUGUCAUCAAGAAAGAACCGUCACCUUUCGCAAAGGGUAAUUUGUCUGUGAAAGUUGAAGCAAAGACGAUAGAUCAGAGGCCUAACACACCACGUUCAAAACACUCAGCAACAGAGCAACGUAGGAGGAGCAAAAUUAAUGACAGAUUUCAGAAGCUGAGAGAGAUCAUUCCUAACAGUGACCAGAAGAGAGACAAGGCAUCAUUCUUGUUAGAGGUUAUUGAUUACAUCCAGUUUUUACAAGACAAAGUAAGCAGAUAUGAGAAUUCAUACAAUGCCUGGAACCAUGAUCCGUCCAAGAUGAUGCAAUGGAGGAGCUGUCAUAUAGCUGAUGGUUUCAUAGAUCACACUCGAGGAGCUAAUGCCGAGCCUGCUCAAGCAUCAGUCUUUGCGACAAAGUUUGACGAGAACAAAGCUGGUGUGUCCUCUAGUCUCCCAAUCAAUGGACAAAACUUAGUUGAUUCUGAUAUAGCAACUGCUACGACAUUCAAAGAAAGGAGUCAGCAGCCUGAAUUAACAUCUAAAGCAGCUCCAGUCCAUCAGCCAAUUCCGCCAAACAUAUUCAGUUUUGGUGGAACAAGCAUUGCGGCUUCCCCAGUUUCACCGAAGCAGGCAUCUGAUACAGAUAACAGAAUAACAUGGCCUCCGUCUCAAAGUCAGCAGAACGCAUGUACAGAUGACGGUAAUAAAAUGAAAGACGGGGAACCGACUAUUGAAAGUGGCACAAUCAACAUCUCAAGCGUCUAUUCCCAGGGGUUGUUGAAUACUCUUACACAAGCACUGCAGAGCUCUGGAGUGGACCUAUCACAGGCCUGCAUCUCAGUACAAAUUGAUCUCGGAAAGAGAGCAACUAACAUCCCACAUUCUAAAACAUCUGCAGCCAAGGAUGAUCACGCUCCGGCUUCCAUGCCACGUUCUGGAGCUGCUAGUGCGGGGGAGGAGUUCAGCCACGCUUUAAAGCGACUGAGAACCAGCUGAAGCCUGAUAAUGCUAGUGUCACAGUACAGUAAUAUUCUUUUGUAGUGUUAUUUGUUCAUUUUUUGGGUUCCCUUUUCCUUCUAAAGGUUCAUCAAUGCCCUUGGCUUGACAGGGAGAGCGAAAUCAGGAACCAGUGUACAUGUAUUUUUGUUUCUAUAUGUUUUGUCUCCUGAGUCUUGGGAUGCACAGAGUUCUCAAGCAAAAAGUAUCCUCAUUAUAUGUUCUCUGUAUUGGUGUUAUUAUUAAUUAACAAUAUAGACUUCCGUUCUGACA